UUCAUAACAUCAGCUGUACACGGCUAACAUGCUAACUGAGUGAUCCAGGCUGCUACUGUUACGUUUAUUAUUAACGGUUACGGUUCGUUUACCGCAGCAGGGCGUUUAACCGGCGGCAGGACGGUACGAUAGCUGGGCGGCUGUCGUAGCUAACGCACCGAGAGACGACAUGGACACGGUUACUCUGCGUUAGUUUGUUACCGUUAGCAUCCAUUUAACCGUCGACUUCUCGCUAGCCUGCUGAAGCGCACACACCAUCAACAACAACAACAACAACAACAACAAUAACAACGGUCCAGUCAACAACAGCUGAGUGUGUUAAGGAGUGAUGGGGAAUCAGCUGGCGGGGAUUGCCCCCUCACAGAUCCUCUCUGUGGACAGCUACUUUUCCGACAUCCACGACCAUGAGUACGACAAGAGCCUGGGCAGCACCCGCUUCUUCAAGGUGGCCCGGGCCAAACACAGGGAGGGCCUGGUGGUGGUCAAAGUCUUCGCCAUCCAGGACCCUUCGCUGCCUCUGACCAGUUACAAGCAGGAGCUGGAGGAGCUGAAGAUCAGACUGCACUCCUGCCAGAACUGCCUGCCCUUCCAGAAAACCUCCCUGACGGAGAAAGCCGCCAUCCUGUUCCGUCAGUACGUCCGGGACAACCUGUACGAUCGCAUCAGCACCCGGCCCUUCCUCAACAACGUGGAGAAGCGCUGGCUGGCCUUCCAGAUCCUCAACGCCGUGGACCAGGCGCACAAAGCCGGCGUCCGCCACGGCGACAUCAAGACCGAGAACGUGAUGGUGACGAGCUGGAACUGGGUGCUGCUCACCGACUUCGCCAGCUUCAAGCCCACGUUCCUGCCGGAGGACAACCCCGCCGACUUCAACUACUUCUUCGAUACGUCCAGGCGGAGGACGUGCUACAUCGCUCCGGAGAGGUUCGUGGAUGGAAGCAUGUUUACCACAGAGAGCGACCAGAAUACACCGCUGGUGGACCUGACCAACAACAACCAGAGGAGCAGAGGGGAGCUCAAGCAGGCCAUGGACAUCUUCUCUGCAGGCUGUGUCAUCGCGGAGCUCUUCACUGAGGGCGUCCCUCUCUUCGAUCUGUCCCAGCUGCUGGCGUAUCGUAAAGAACACUUCCAGACGGAGCACGUCCUCAUGAAGAUCGAGGACCAGAGCGUGCGAGAGCUGGUCGCUCAGAUGGUGCAGAGAGAGCCAGAGAAGCGUCUGACGGCAGAGGAGUAUCUGAAGCAGCAGAGAGGGAAAGCCUUCCCCGACAUCUUCUACACCUUCCUGCAGCCGUACAUGGCUCAGUUCGCCAAAGAGACCUUCCAGUCCGCCGACGAACGAGUGCUCGUCAUCCGCAAAGACCUGGACAACAUCCUGCUCAACCUGCGAGGAGGCUCUUCUUCUUCGUCUCAGGAAAGCAGCGAUGGCGUGCUGAGCUCCAGGGAGGAGCAGGGCCUCAUCGUCCUGGUGUCCGUCAUCGCUUCCUGCCUGCAGACGCUGCACUCCUGCGACUCCAAGCUGGCGGCGUUGGAGCUCGUCCUGCACCUGGCGCCGCGGCUCAGCGUCGACAUCCUGCUCGACCGCAUCACGCCCUACAUGCUGCACUUCUGCAACGACCCCGUGCCUCGCGUGCGCGCUCAGGCCGUGCGCACUCUGGCCAAAGUGCUGGCGCUGGUGAAGGAGGUGCCGAGGAACGACGUCAACAUCUACCCAGAGUACAUCCUGCCGGGCAUCGCACACCUCGCCCAGGACGACGCCACCAUCGUCAGGCUGGCGUACGCAGAGAACAUCGCUCACCUGGCGGAGAGCGCGCUGCGUUUCCUGGAGCUGGUGCAGGAGAACAACGUGAACACAGAGACGGACCUGAGCGGCGAGGACACGGAGGAGAUACUUCACCCCAACGAGAACUACGACUCAGAGCUGCAGGCGCUGCACGAGAUGGUGCAGCAGAAGGUGGUGACGCUGCUGAGCGACUCGGAGAACAUCGUCAAACAGUCGCUGAUGGAGAACGGCAUCACGCGACUGUGCGUCUUCUUCGGCCGGCAGAAAGCCAACGACGUGCUGCUGUCUCACAUGAUCACCUUCCUCAACGACAAGAACGACUGGCACCUGCGAGGAGCCUUCUUCGACAGCAUCGUGGGUGUGGCAGCGUACGUCGGAUGGCAGAGCUCCUCCAUCCUGAAGCCUCUGCUCCAGCAGGGUCUGAGCGACACGGAGGAGUUCGUCAUCUACAAAGCUCUGAACUCUCUCACCUGCAUGUGUCAGCUGGGUCUGCUGCAGAAACCUCACAUCUACGAGUUCGUCAGUGACAUCGCUCCGUUCCUGUGUCACCCCAACCUGUGGAUCCGUUACGGGGCGGUGGGCUUCAUCACGGUCAUCGCACAGCACCUGAACGUGGCCGACGUUUACUGCAAACUGAUGCCGCACCUCAACCCCUUCAUCACCCAGCCCAUCAUCCAGAUUGAUAAGGAGCUGGUCCUGCUCAGUGUGCUGAAGGAGCCGGUCAGUCGCUCCAUCUUCGACUACGCUCUGCGCUCUAAAGACAUCGGCAGCCUCUUCCGCCACCUGCUGCUCCGACAGAAGAAGCGCGCAGGAUCCAUCCCAGAAUGCCCCACUCCUGAGGACCCGGCCAUCGCACAGCUGCUGAAGAAGCUUCUCUCGCAGGGGAUGACUGAGGCGGAGGAGGACAAGCUGCUGGCGCUCAAAGACUUCAUGCUGAAAUCCAACAAGGCCAAAGCCAACAUGGGCGAGCAGAGUCACCAGGGGGAGGCGGCCCAGACCGGCGUCAUCGACCUGGCUACUCUUGGCAUCACCGGCCGCCAGGUGGACCUGGUCAAACCCAAAGCUGAGCCCGAGGACAAGAGAGCGAGGAAGCACACGAAGCAGGACUCGGCCAUGAACGAGGAGUGGAAGAGCAUGUUUGGAUCUCAGGAGCCGGCCUCUGCCCAGCCCGCCGCGGCUGACGGGCCGGCGAGUCAGAUCAGGAAGAACGCCGCGGCCCCGGCUGUGACCGUGCUGCAGUCAGUGGCGAGCGGCGCCGCCUACCAGCGCCGCAUCAACACCUGCAAGGCGGAGCUUCAGCAGCUGGUGCAGCAGAAGAGGGAGCAGUGCAGCGCAGAGCGCAUGGCCAAGCAGAUGAUGGAGAGCGCAGAGUGGGAGAGUCGACCUCCUCCACCUGGGUGGCACCCGAAAGGGCUGCUGGUGGCUCACCUCCAUGAACACAAAGCUGCUGUGAACCGCAUCAGAGUCUCCGACGAACACUCGAUCUUCGCCACGGCGUCCAACGACGGCACUGUCAAAGUGUGGGACAGUCAGAAGAUGGAGGGAAAGACCACGACGACCAGGUCGGUGUUGACGUAUUCUCGUAUCGGCGGUCACGUCAAGACGUUGACCUUCUGUCAGGGGUCACAUUACUUGGCGGUGGCUUCAGACAACGGAUCCAUCCAGCUGUUGGCAGUCGAGGCAAACAAACCUCCAAAAUCCCCAAAAGUUCAGCCGUUCCAGACCAGGUCUCUGGACCUGCAGGACGACGGCUGUGCGGUCGACAUCCACCACUUCAACUCGGGCUCCCAGUCGGUGCUGGCGUACGCCACCGUCAACGGCUCGCUGGUUGGCUGGGACCUUCGCUCCAACUCCAACGCCUGGACGCUUCGCCACGACCUCCGCCUCGGACUCAUCACCUCCUUCACCGUGGACAUGCACCAGUGCUGGCUCUGCCUCGGUACGAGCAGCGGCACCAUGGCCUGCUGGGAUAUGCGGUUCCAGCUCCCCAUCUCAAACCACUCCCACCCGGCCCGAGCACGAAUCAGACGGCUGCUGAUGCAUCCGCUGUACCAGUCGUCUGUGAUCGCAGCUGUCCAGGGGAAUAAUGAAGUGUCGAUGUGGGACAUGGAGACCGGGGAUCGUAAAUUCACCCUGUGGGCGAGUUCUGCACCUCCACUGUCUGAGAUGCAGCCGUCUCCUCACAGUGUUCACGGGAUCUACUGCAGCCCGGCUGACGGGAACCCUCUACUGCUGACGGCUGGAUCUGACAUGAGGAUCAGGUUCUGGGACUUGGCGUAUCCGGAGAGGUCGUACAUCGUGGCUGGAGGGGCCACCGACUCGCUGCACUGUCCGUCCGUCCUGUACAGCAGGAAGAUCAUCGAGGGCACUGAAGUCGUGCAGGAGAUCCACAGUAAACAGAAAAGCGGCGUGGUGGAGGACUCGCCUCGCCGCGGCCCAGAGUCCCUCCCUGUGGGACACCAUGACAUCAUCACUGACAUCGCCACCUUUCAGACCACGCAAGGCUUCAUCGUCACCUCGUCCAGAGACGGCAUCGUCAAAGUCUGGAAGUGACGUGGCACGCACACACACGCACACACACACACACACACACACACACACGCGCACACCUCCUCCUCCUGUCACAUGACUCAUCUGUGCUCUUAAUAUGCUGAUUGUGACGCAGACGUCAAAGGUGUCGCCGCGUUAGCAGCGAAACAUAAAGUGCUGAACCUGCUGAAGGUGUGAUCUGCACCAAACCAACACGUGAUCAGGAUCCCAGCAGCAGCUACGAGAUGUGUUUACAUAUUUAAACUCAUGUUCGUCUCUUGUUUUAUGGUUUGGUAGCGGAGCAAAAUCUAUAAUGAAAUAUUUCAGUUUCAGUAAUAGUUUGAAAUGAUGUUAGAAGAAGAACUGUGACGGUCUGGUCUUCAUGAGGGUCUGGUCUUUGGUCUUUAUGUUCUCUGAGACAAUAAAUAACUUUAAUCUCUUUCUGGAGUUGAUUUAUCUUUUAGACACGAAAGAUGUUCUUAUAAACAGUUUAUUAACAUUUACACAAACAAAGACUCCCCUCUCUCACCCCCGUCUCCCUCCCUCUCUUGUGUACAUAUGUGAUUUUUAAAUCUGAUUAAUAUAAAGUUUGAUUUGAAACUUGUACAAAAUUUCAAAAGAAAUGUUUUGUUUCUGCAGAUGUUUCAAUGUUUGUCCAUCUGUUGAAUAAAAUCUGGUGACCAGCAGCAAAA